ACAUGCAAGCUUCCACUAAUUGCCACCAUUUCCUACCCCACCAAUAACAAGAUUUCCCUAAUUUCCUUAAUCUACGCAUAAUUCUCCGGCCUCUCUAAACACCCAAUUUUCUUUUUGUAUAAAAAGAUUGUACAAGAAAUGAGUCUCAGUCUCAACAAUAGCUCACUCAAUUUUCCCUUCUCACAGUUUUUCUUUUUUUAAUUUCUUUUGCCCUUUCUGAGUCUAAUGGCUUCUUCUGUUAAACAUAUCUUCUGUUACUUCCUUUUAAUGCUCUUCUCCUCUAGCCUAGUCCAAGCUAGAGAAAGCAUGUUCUUUAGCAAGUUUACCCAUUUUAGCACAACAAAAAACAGGGCCGAAGAGACUCAGUUUUCACCAACUGAAGCACCUGCUGCAGCCCCUGUAGAAGCACCGGUCGCAGUAGAAGCAUUAGUACCUGUCCCUGAACCAGCCACUGUCACCACCGAAAACGAAAAUCUCGACGAAGAAUUUGAAAGUGGAAACUCUGAGAAAGAGUACCAGAGUAGCUUUUACAACAACAAUAAUAACAACAAUGGCUACACCACCACAACCAACUACAACAACAAUGGCUACACUGGCAAUUAUAACUACAAUGGCUACAAACUUGCUAGCGAAAGUGAAAGCCAUGAGACAGCUAAUGAAAACAACUACAAUAGCUACACCACCAACUCUAACAACAAUGGCUACACUAGCAAUUACAAUAACAACAAUGGAUAUGAGCUAGCUAGUGGAAGCUAUGAGACAGGCAAUCAGAACAACAAGAACAGCUACACCACCACCACCACCAACUACAACAGCAACAACAAUGGAUACACUAAUAACUACAACAGUAAUGGCUAUGAAGCAGAUCAACGACAAGGAAUGAGUGACACAAGAUUUAUGGAAGGUGGUAAGUACUAUUAUGAUGCGAAUAAUGAUAAUAAUUACUAUCCUCCUAAUGGGUAUACAUCAAGGGAAGCAAGUGCUCAAAAUCAAGUUAACUAUGGAAAUUCUGAGAAAAACACAAAUAAUCAGUUCAACACCAUGGAGUAUGAGAAUCAGGAGCUAUAUGACGAGAACCAAGAGGAAUCUCUGCCUUGAAAUAUUGUCUUGAUAAAAUUUGUGUCAGAAAGAAAGAAAAAAUAUUAGUGACAGAGGAGCCUUUGAUACAUUUACAAGUAAGGCUUAAAUUAAUCAUGGAAAAUUCUCUUUUCAUGUGUCA